AAUCCUAAUCUCAAGAACCUUAUUUCGUGAGGGUUUUGGUUUUUAACUUCUUAAAGAAUGGGGAGGGCGAUCUUCUUCCUGGUCACGGCCGCGAUUGUGAUCGCGAUGAAAACGAUUGCUACUUUCCUCAACAGCGGCGACGGCGCCACGAUCAGCUACGCCGGACCCGGCUUUGUCCGCGAGGGAUGCCAAUGGGACGCGAACAACGAGCGAUUUCUCGUGUCUCGAUUCGAAGGAGGAAUCUCGGAGCUGGUCAAGACAGAUCUAGGCUACGAGCAGCGGUUAGUCGUGGAUCUGGAAGGAGAUUUCAAGGGGAAUUCGACGCUCGGCAUCCGCGUCGAUCCGCCGAGGAACCGGCUGCUAGCGGUGGUCGCCGAUGCAUGGAACCAGAAGCGCGCGGCUUUGAUCGCCUACGAUCUGGCAACGUGGGAAACGCUGUUCGUGACGAAUCUUGAGAGUCCUGGAGAUCUCCUCUUGGCGGACGAUGUGGCUGUCGAUCCCGAGGGCAAUGCAUACGUGACCGAGGCGCUGGGGAACUUCAUCUGGAAGAUCGAUCGCGACGGCAACAAUGUGGCCAAUCUUUCCAGCCCCGUGUUCACGUCGAAGCCACACCAGCUCCCAUUCUACCUGGCCGGAUUGAAUGGCAUCGACUACCACCCCGACGGAUUCCUCCUCGCCAUCCACACCUGGUCCGGCGCUCUCUUCAAAGUUUCUCUCGACGGCUCCUCGGUGGAAGUGGUCAAGGCGCCGCUGGUGGCUGGAGGGGAUGGAAUCGCGCUCCUCUCGCCGGACAAGCUCGUGGUGGCUGGAGUUCCCGGUGCCCGACUGCUGAAGUCUUCGGAUGGAUGGAAGUCUGCCCGGCUGACGCACACGUACGUUGGGCCAUUCUACCGCGUUCCAUCGGCUGUGACGAUCAAGGAUGGCAAGGCCUUCGUGAGUCAUAUGUUCAGCUGGUGGAACACUUUCACCAUCAAAGAGGCCAUCUUCGCUCCGGUCCGGCCCAAGGGAUCAUCUGCCAGUCGAGCGGCCGAGCUCUAACUCCAGGCAGGCCACCUUCUCUCCGUCCGAGCUCGACAAGCCCGCCAACUGCGUGUCCGAGCCCUCCAACUUUCCGGAUAACUGUACGUUUUGUUGUUCUAUCGGAUUGAUUCGAAUGCUUCUUUUGUC